UGGUCUCUAUACUGUAGAGGGAAAUGUCGUCAAUAUCUGCUUAUUUUUUCAUACUGCGUUCGAUGAUAUUUGUGGCCACGCCACAGUGUCAAAACAAAAGGUAUCUUAUGCAGACAGUGUAAGAUGAAACAUUGCGGCGUCAGUUGUCAACUGUAUAGACUAUCCACUAAAUAGAACGGCUUUACACCUAUGAGGCUUUUGAGUUUAUCUUGCCUUUAGGAAAGGUAUCCUGAUCAUCCUUUUAUUUAGAGCAAGUCGAUGGGUUGCGAUUAGCCUACAUCUUUGCUACUUUCAUUGAGCACUUCUUAUGCAGCCAUGUAUGACUAAUGUUGUUUGAAGGGAACCAAGAAGUUUUGUUCUACGUAGGUUUCAAUCAGGGAAAAUGAAUUGAGUUAAGCGACAUUUCGUCUCUUAGUAUUUCGAGACCCUUCUUGGAAUUACUGGAAUAACGGACUCAUUGCGCAGUCUGAUAAAGUAAACGGGAAAUCAAAUUCUGAAUGUAGCCUCGUUUAUUUGGCGAGCGCUCAGCUAACUCCCUCACUGUCGCCGUUGAAACCCUGAGGAGACAACCAUCUCAUUCAAUAAAGCGGAAUCAAUUCAGAAGAAUGAAUAUAGCACAGUGAGGAGCAUCUCUCAAGAAUCGUCGUAGCCUGCCACAGUCGUGGUGGACACACUGCUUGUGAAUGAGAGAUAACAUUACCGUGGAGAAGAUACUUUCUCCACUUCCACCCGAAAGGUUGCUAUUUCUCCUGUGGUGUUUGUGUGGAACGUGCCACACACCCACUCCAGAACAACGACGGCUUUUGCUUGCAUCUUCCAGUGUUUCUUCUGUCAGCAAGUCCAGCAGAGUUGCAACUCAUCCAGCGCCAGUCCUGAACCCAACGAAGAGCAGCACGAGAGUGAGAUGGUGAAGAUGACCAAGUCCAAGACGUUCCAGGCAUACCUGCCCAACUGUCAUCGGACAUACAGCUGCAUCCACUGCCGAGCUCACCUAGCCAACCAUGAUGAGCUAAUCUCAAAAUCAUUCCAAGGCAGUCAGGGACGAGCCUACCUCUUCAACUCUGUAGUGAACGUGGGCUGCGGCCCUGCCGAGGAGCGGGUUCUUCUUACAGGUUUACAUGCCGUAGCAGACAUCUACUGUGAAAACUGCAAAACCACUCUGGGCUGGAAAUACGAGCACGCGUUCGAGAGCAGUCAGAAGUACAAGGAGGGCAAGUUCAUCAUCGAGCUGGCCCACAUGAUCAAGGACAAUGGCUGGGAGUGACCCCUCAGGAUCUUCUCUACUCCCUUGUUUUGUGACCUUUUUUUGGCGGGUGGCCCUGCAUCGGACUUCACAGGGCGACACACCACAACACUGACUUGACGACCCCCCCCCCCCCCCCCUCUGCCACUUUCUUGCCUCUCCUCUCUCAACAACAGAUACAACAACACCCCCCUCCCCCCCCAGUCUCCCACGGCCUCUGGCCUGUUUUGAAGCUCUAUAGCAGGGACAUGGCAAAAGAGUAAGGGAUAUUGAGUGAGAGAGAGAGCGAGCGAGCGAGAAGGAAGGAGAGAGCGAGCGAGAGACACAAGGAGACUCUUCCCCCCUCUCCUCCUCCCUCCAACCUCCAUUUGUGGUCACAUAAACUUUUGUCGAAGUGACAUCCAUGCUCUCUCUUUGUAUGGUCUGUGGGUGGACAAGAGCCUCUUUCGUUGUUCUCCUCCUCUACAGGUUUGUUGUGCUUUAAACUACAUGUGUACUGCUAAGUGUGAGAACAGGCAAACCGUGCUCAGAAGACGCUUCUUUUCUUUUUGGACAUGAACCUGGGACAAGGUGUUACAUGUUGUUAGCUUUUCAUGUCCAUUUUUGUUUUGGUGUUGUUGUUGUUGUUGUUUUCAUUGACGCUCUUUCUUUUUUGCGGGAAUCUUUUAUCUGAUGGCAGACUGAUGUUACUGGUUAGCAUUUCUCUCCUCUUGUGUCAGGUGUUCUCACCUCCUCCUCCUAAGCAUGCUUUUUCUUUGCUGUGUAAUUGGGGUAGGGGUUGGGGAUUGACUUUGGGGGGGGGGUGGGGGUGGCUGGAGUUGGGAUUGGACAUGUAGCAGUUCUGAGUUUUGUUUUCCUUUUUUUAUUUUCUGUUUGAUAUUACUUUUAUUUUCGGGGAGAUUGGCGGCAUUGGCAGUGGCAUGACGUUGUGUUUGUGUCUCUGACAUCCCUGUGUUUAUCUGUCGUGUUGUGGUUUGUUCCCAACCCCUCCUGUUCCUCCUUCUCCGAUGACUUCACCAUGCAAUCACUGGGACCUUCCCAUCCCAGGUACCAGGAUGGCCCCUCUCACCCUGUCAAGCAUCGGUCGCAGUUCCUGGUGCUUUUGUUUAAUUUUACAUUUGUGUCUUUUUUUUUUUUUUUUUAUUACGUGGCAUUGUGUGGCUGGUCCCAUUUUGCAGCAGUACUAAAUGUGGAAAAAAUAGGAUUUAAAACAGAAAAAAAGAGAUCAAAGCAAAUUGAAUGCACUGGACAGUAGGGGAAACUUUUGAUUCUUUUGUCAAGCCGUGAGUAGAAUGUCCGUGUUACUCAAAAAAACUGUUUUUUGUUCCCUUCCUCAACCAUGCCAAAUGUGUCGUAGUGUAGCCUAACCGUUCCAGGAACGUUACAGUAACGUUACAGCAGAAUAAUCCUAUCCAUGUGUAUGUUCAUCUGUAUGCAGACGUGACAUACUCCCGCAUACAGGUGUGGACAUGCUCAUGCAUACUGUGUAUUUGUUUGCGCAUUACAUUAUCGCAUACUUGAAUGCAGAUAACUUUGUUUGCACUUUGCGGAGGCCUUGUUCAUGAGUUUAGAGGCAAAAGUCUUGUCUGUCUGUCUUUUUAUGGCCUUUUUCUCAUUGAUGAUUGAAUGAUUGUAUAAGAUGCUUUGAAUGCAGCGCAGGGCUGGAUGAUUGCAGGCAUCAUCAUCUACCCAUUGCGUCGACCUUCCUCUUUGUUCCUCCUUCCUUUCAGAGUAUUACGUGACGGCAAAGGCAAAAUUUUUCUUUUUCUUUUCUAUAUUUUUUUUUUGCUUUCCUGUUGAUCCGACACAGUUUCUCUAAAGACACUAGUAGUUUUUUGAUUCACCUCUCCGCUCUGCACAUGGAUAGAUGCAUGACUCAAAGCUACCCUCACCUUUUUGAUGGAUAUGAAAUCAUGGUUUUAUUUGAUUUUUUUAUUUUUUUUUGCAAUAUAUUUUGCUGCUGCUAGAGAGAUGCAAUCCCACACGCUUUCACUUUUGAUCUUCUGCACUUUACCGCUGUCCGAGAGCAUACGAAUGGCCAUGUUGUUUCUAGAUGUUUCCAUGUCUUUGCCUCUAAGCAGCAUGAAUCAUGUGCCUCUUCAAAAAGAAAAAAAAACCUCCCUCUCUCCUCUGUUGUGCAGUGCAUGACUCGAUGAACCCAGCACAUCUACGGUAGCCCACAUGGGCAGAAAAUUAAUCUUGAAAAAAAUAUAUAUAUACAUAAAAUAAAACAAGCUUCACAGCUUCAACCUCACAGAACUAUAUCCAAUUAGAGAGACUAUUGAAAACAAAUCAUCUACUAUUUUUUCAUAAGUCUACCUGACAAAGUUAUGAGAGUUACUAUGAUUUAAAGGGUUGUAUUCCUCAGAGUUUAGUUGUAGUGGGACAUUAAUGGGGAGGGGGGGUUGGGGCAUAUUCUCCUUCCAUUGAAAAAGGUUGGGGUAGUUUCCCGUAGGCCUGUAUUGAGAGUGACUCCGAGCAGGUAGUUAAAUAGUGAGGUGUGGGGACGGUGGAAAAUCAGCAGUGGACGCUUCAGUGUUCAUUGUCCAGGUCAGUCAGGUCACAUGACCUUUUAAUCAGUCAAAACAAAGACAAUGCAAACAAUAUAGGUGUAGUGGUAUCCUACUUGAAAAAAAAACUUACAGACAAGACAUUGUCCCUGUUACAGUUUUGUACAUAAAGUAACAUAUUUAAGGUUUUAUACAUAUUUCUACUGGGUUAGUUCCUUUUACUUCCCCGACUUGAAGCACUUUUGUUCACGUACCUCUGGCUUUAUGUGUACGUUUGUAUGUGUGUAUGUCUUAGUGUGAGUGUAUGUGUGUGUGUGUGUGUGUGUUUUGUUACUUUCCCCUCGGUUUGAUUUCCAUUUUUGUAGCCACUGACUUGCUUUUCCUUUUCUUUUCAUUUCACUUCUGUGUUCGAUCUCGUUGUCAUAUGUGCUGUCACACUGAGUAGUCAGUAAGUGCUCUCGAAGCACAGUGGCAUACUAUAGAAGCCUGGCUUCUGGAGCAUUUUUACAAGGCGAUUUUGUUUGUUGUUUGUGUGUGUGUGUGUGUUUUUGUUUUCCUCUUUUUACUUUAAGUUGUACCCUUUGGCGAAAGCCUAGUAGAAGUGCAGUCGGCUGGUCAUGUUAUAGUGUUGACUGAAGGGUGGGGUGAGCUGGAUUCUCCUGCCGAUUCCCAGGAGAACAUCGACCAAGACCGUUUCUCACAAGAUUUCCCUAAAGACUGUAAACAAAAACAAAUAAAAACGUACAUUUGCUGAGGCCAGUGUCACUGUAAGUGCACACCAAAUAAUUUACUGUGCUCUAUGGAGACUUCUAAUGGGUGAACAAGUCCAUGCUCCUGAAAUACAUUCACUAUCAAGAAUCUCACACUGCUGGAUACACUUGGAAAAACCAAAAAAAACAACAACUAACAAACAAACAUGCUGUGGCCUCUCGUUUACCAAGUGUGACAUUCUGAAUAGAUGUGUAAGGUUAUGAAAUGUGUAUUCUAAUCUAAACAAACUGUUUUUAUUUUCUUCCCACGGCAGCAUCAGGAGGUAGAUCUUUGUCGUUGGCUGCCAAAAGAGAUUGUUUAUCCCAAGCUAUUUCUUUUGGUGACACUGGCUUCAAUCUUCUUUAUUGUUUCAAAGAAAUGUUCAUCUAUAGGAUGUCACUAAAGACAUUAGUCUAAGGCAUCAUAGGUAUGCAAAGGUAAAGAUUGUAAGUUUGAAGAAUUAUUUUCUUAGGACUGUUAAAAUAUAAGGUCUAAAGCAUGUUGUAUUUAUAAUGGCUCUAUUAAGUCGUGCCUGUUUUUUUUUUCUUCAAAAAGCAAAAAAAUAUGCUUUUUUCUUUUUACUUGAUUACAUUGCUUUGCAUUCUGUCCUAGUAAAAUGUCACAUAUGUCUGUUUUUCACUGUAUUGUAAACUAUCAGAUAUCACAAUAAACCUUAAAUGGCAUUUCGUGCUGA